GGAACAAGUAAAUUGCUUAAUAUUUACCCACGCUCACCACAUUGCGCGACAUCACAAGAUUCCUGCGUGUUCUCUUCACCCCGGCUGUGUCGGGACAAACUUCUCGAGGGAUCUUAUGACUAGGGAGUGGGUCCAACGCAUCUACCAGUAUGCCUCGCUCCUCUUUCUAAAAUCGUGGGAGGAGGGGGCGCAAACGACUUUGCAUUGUGCGAUGUGUGACGUCGAGGAAUUAAGGCUUGUUAAGCCGCUGAAUAAAACAAACCGAACUGAACCUGUUAGUCCCUACUUUGUGGAGUGCGGCAACCAGACCAUUGAGUCGCUGCUGCCUUACGGCUGGGAUGUGGAGGAGGCAGAUCGCAUUGUAGAGUGGGGGAAAAAACUGGUUGGGCUGGCGCCGAAAUAG